UAGUAUUUUAUCUACGGCACACGUCACUAGAUAAUAAAGGAGCAUAAACGGCUCGUCCGAAGGCCUGUUAUCUUCUGUCCCCGAGACGGAGGAGUGUCUGGAAUUGCACAUUUAGCUUGUGAGCUAACGUCAGCAGCAUCAGGUUGACCCAUGUCCUCUGAAGAGGCUCUCGGCUCCACGCUCUCAAACUGGCUAUCCUUUAACUCCUGGUGGCUGCUUCUGCCUUUCGUGAUGCUCCUGGUAGUGGCUGCUUUCAUCGUGGCCUUCGUGCUGCUGCUGUACAUGAUAUCCCCGUUAAUAAGUCCCAAACCGCUCAAACUGAACGGGGCCCAUGUGGUGGUGACCGGAGGCAGCAGUGGGAUCGGGAAGUGUAUUGCCAUGGAAUGCUACAGACAUGGUGCCUUCAUCACUCUGGUGGCACGAGAUGAGCACAAACUGGUUCAAGCCAAGAAAGAAGUGGAGAAAUGUGCCAUAAAUGAUAAGCAGGUGGUGCUUUGCAUUUCUGUUGACGUGUCGAAGGACUACAACCAGGUGGAAAGCGUCAUUAAACAAGCUCAAGAGAAGCUGGGUCCUGUGGACAUGCUGGUCAAUUGUGCUGGGACGUCUAUAUCUGGGAAGUUUGAGGAAGUGGAAGUCGACCGCUUCAAGAAACUGAUGGAGGUGAACUAUUUGGGCAGUGUUUACCCCACCCGGGCAGUGGUCACCACCAUGAAGGAAAGGCGGAUGGGCCGCAUCAUGUUUGUGUCGUCACAGGCAGGGCAGAUCGGCCUCUUUGGCUACACGGCCUACUCACCAUCCAAAUUCGCCCUGCGUGGUCUGGCUGAGGCCUUACAGAUGGAGAUGAAGCCCUAUAAUAUCUAUGUGACUGUGGCGUAUCCUCCAGACACUGACACUCCAGGUUUUGCUGAAGAGAAUAAGACUAAGCCUCUGGAGACUAAGCUGAUUUCAGAAACAGCUGGAGUCUGUCAGCCUAUGCAAGUAGCAAAGAUUGUAGUGAAGGAUGCAGUGCAGGGAAAUUUCACCAGCUCAUUUGGACCUGAUGGCUACAUGCUGUCAGCGCUGACCUGUGGGAUGUCCCCUGUUACCUCCAUCACUGAGGGGCUGCAGCAGAUUGUGACGAUGGGGUUGUUCCGCACCAUCGCUCUCUUCUACCUGGGCAGCUUCGACAGCAUCGUCCGCCGCUGCAUGAUCCAGAGAGAACAGUCCAAAGCAGCAGACAAGAGGGAGUAGCACCAGCCUUCCCACCACAUGCACCUCCGUCAGCACCACUAACACACACACACACCUCACAGCACGCACCGCCUGUCCUGGCAGACAUGUUCAAAUGCGUAGAAGAGGUCUAAACUGACAAAACACUGUUUUUGCUAAUUUGUUUCAGUAGACCUGUGAUAGGCGUCCAUCUUUCAUGUGUCUUUCAGGACCCCGAUCAUUCCAGUGCAUGCUGCAUCAAUAUUUCAAGCUCUUUAAAACUUUAUAUGCAUUGAAAAGAUUUACUCUCUGGUUCUCACUGCCUCUAGUACAUUCUCUCGUUAAUGAAAGUUCGUGGUUGUUCUCAAAACCACAUGCUAUCUGAGUUCUUGUUCUAGCCUGUUGGCCUAAUGUUAUUUUAACACUAGAAAUAAUUUCAGUCAACUUUUAUUUAAAUUAAGAUGUUACCAUUUGCCGUAUGGGUAAAAAAACAACUUCACUUCCUUAUGUUACAGUGAGGUGAAGAACUGUUCUUUUGACUGGUCUGUGAUGUUCAUAGUCAAGCACUGUAUCUUCCUGCUUUUAGAUUUCAUAGUUUUAAGGUACGGAUACAGGACAGCCGGAGUCUGCCACUCUGCCUUAUCAUCUUUGCUCUGUGUGGGGGUUUCUGAAGGAAAUGUUUACCUUAUAAAUGUGCGUGCGAGUGUGUAUGUAUAUUUGUCUGCUUGUAUGCAUGCGUUUAAGUGACCUCAGGGGCUUCUAAGAGUUCACUGAACUGAAGGAUGUGUAAGGAAAAGCCAUCGCAGAGGUUUAAAGGCUCCCUGGCUCGAGUCAGUGCACCUCUCUGCCAACAGGUGGAGCUGGAGAUCCAAACGGAUCAGGUGUAACCUGAGCAAAAGCCUACAUGUGCAGCAGCCCGUGUUAAAAGCUGAUCUAGAAUCCGUCAUAGUCGGAUGGUUCCAUGUCCACAACCCCAGAUCUCUGUAGUAUUGAAGGUGAAUAAAUG